AUUUCUGCCAAAUAUAUGUUCUCGAGAAAUAUAUAUAGAGUCAUCGUUAUGGGAGAAUACAAUCGCAGAAGAAGAGUGACAGUAGAUUUGGAUGAUAUCGAAAUACUUCCAUCGAAAGUGAGCGUGGAAAAAUUGUUGCAAGUACCUGUUGGAGACAAGGAAAACGUAUUAAACAGAAAUAAUAAAAGUGGGUUACGAAAAAGAAAACAAUCCGGAUGUUCCCCCCUUCAAAGGAACAUCUGUGUAAAAUUGCCAGAUCCAAAUAAUGACGAUUGUUUGUCGUGUAUGAAAGGUCGAGAUGGAUAUAGAAAACCACUCGUGGACCUAUUUGGCAACCGACAAGAAAGUCAACUGUUCAAUCACAGCAAAAUAUAUGGUUCAGAAAGAAGAAUCGAAGUUUCCAUUUUUCAACAGGAAGAGAAUUUGAUUCAUUCACCAACAAAAAAACCUGGUUUCAAAGAAAAUAGCCCACGUCUGACCAAAUCUGAUGAACAAUGUGAAACACUGAAAGAAACUCCACAAAGGAAAAGAAAACCUUCCAUGGAAAUAAUAGAUGCUCCAAGUCCUGGCGUCGCGAGAACAUUCAGUUUCAUUUGUUUUUCCAACAUUCCAGAAAAUGAAACCCAUAAACAAGGUUUCAAAGAAAAUAGUCCACGUCUGACUAGAUUUGAAGAACAAUGUGAGAUAUUGAAAGCGACUCCUCAAAAAAGAAAACGCUCCGUUGACACAGUAAAUGAAAGGAAAAUUUUGCAAAGAAUAGAUGGUUCGACCCCUGGUAUCGGGAGAACAUUCAGUUUCAUUGCUGUUUCCAAAAGUUCAGAAAAGAAAUCGCAGGAACAAGGUCGAUCUUUCACGUGCUCAACUCCUAUAAAUCCAUCCAAAAUGAGUGAGCGAAGAGGAACAAAGGGUUUGGAACUCUGGUGCAAAAAAAUGACAGAGGGCUAUCCCGGUGUCAAAAUCGACAACAUGACAACAUCUUGGAGAGACGGACUUGCCUUUUGUGCUAUUAUACAUCACUUCAGACCUGACCUCAUAGACUUUUCAAAACUUCACAAAGACGACGUUUACCACAACAACGAACUAGCUUUUAGAGUUGCAGAACAUCACCUAGGCAUUCCAGCCCUUCUUGAACCAGAAGAUAUGGUUGAAUACUCAGUUCCUGAUCGUCUAUCAAUCCUGACAUAUUUAUCACAAUUCUAUCAAGCUUUUGCAGUACCUCAAGGUUCUGCAGCCAGAAUCGCCCCCAAAAGACCUCAGACUGUUCCAGAUCAUGGAAUCGUAUCACCAGCCUCAACAAGUCCGCCUAAAAAAAUGGCGUUAACGAGUGUAGGGAAGCUCCGCAGAGAACCCUGCACCAAAUGCGCGCUUCCAGUAUUCAUAGCAGAACGUCUGAACGUAGGAAAACUUCUCUUCCACCGCACCUGCUUCCGCUGCGCGCGGUGCGACAGUCAGCUCACUCUUGCCAACUACUACGAAACAGAAAACAGCGAAUUCUGCUGCGAAAUCUGCCCGGACGAGGAGAAACUCAUGUCGAAAAAAGCUACCGAAACGCUCCUUCUGCGAUCUCUGAGCGACGAAGAGAAAAGCGCCAGUUUGAAAAUGAUCACCAAUGACCCAGAUGAAUUCAGCACCAUGUUUGAAACAGCCUUGGAAAGCGUUGGCGGAGACAAGAGUUCGGGCUCAGAUUACGCCCAAGCUCGUUCUCAGUUCUUCAAAGCUCAGAUUGAAAGUAGCGAUUCGGGGGCUGAUGAAGAACCUCCCGAUCUUCCUAAAUCCUCACCUCCCGAUCUUCCGAAAUCAUCACCCCCCGAUCUUUCAAAAUCCUCACCCUCCGAUCUUCCGAAAUCCUCACCCCCCAAUCUUCCUAAAUCCUCACCUCCCGAUCUUCCGAAAUCCUCACCCCCCGAUCUUUCAAAAUCCUCACCCCCCGAUCUUCCUAAAUCCUUACUCCCCGAGUUGGCCAAGAGUGACAAGACUGACCCCAAGGACAUAGUAGUGGACAGUGCGCGAUCCGAUAGCAGUUUUCCUGACAGACCUACCAGUGUAAAUAUUAGUACUAAAGUUAGUGUUAACAAAAGAGAAAGUUCCAGCCCUAGGCUGGAUGAAUCUCGUAAUGUUGUUACCAAAGAUGUAUCCGCACAAGAGGGUGACGUUUCAUUGGUCAAAGCUCGAAUGCGAUUGUUCGAAAGUAAUCACUCUAAAGAUUCUGAUAUUAGUAAGUCUGAUGUAUAUAGAAAAUCACAAGGUAGUGAGAAAGUGCCUAAAAAGCAAGAAAAAUCGCCCGUAAUAACCAUUCCACUUAUUAGGUUAGAAGAGUUAGAAAAUUUCGACGACCGUUCGAACAGAGAAGAUGAUAAAAUCAUCGCUGAACCAAUAGUUUCGAUAGAUAAGGACGAAACAAAACACAGCAUUCAAGAGGACAUUGUUUCAAAUAAAGACAUUGUUGAAGAAACCCCGUGCACUAAUCAGGAACCGGAAGUAAAGCCGAUUCAGGAUAGUCCAAUCAGUGACAAAACAGAAAACGUAGAACCUGUGAAUGAGGAAUCAAUCCCAGCUCAGGACAUUGGUGUUGAGCCAGAAGACUCGAUCAUCAUAAUAGAUUCCAUGGAGGAAAACGUUGACGAUAUUAUACUAGUAGAUGACUCACCACAGAAGACUGAUCCCCCAGUAGCUGAUGCUAAUUCGGAGAUGAACGAUAAUAUCAAUGAUGAAUCUGUUAUAGCACAGCCAAAAGAGAGCGAAUACUCUUUCGCAUCUACUGUGUCUGUAAUUACAUCUGACGACAGUGAAAAAUCCCCUAGUGCUGUGAAAGAAGACGAAGAGGUACCUCCACUGAAAGGACCCUGUGAAGAAGAAAGCCCAUCAAAAUUGUCCCUGGCAGAUAACUCGAUUUCCUCUUCAUUCACGACUUCGGCAGAAUACCCUGCAGAACUGGAUCCGUUUGGAGAGGAAGCUGAGGAUGAAGUAGGUAAACCUGAAGACUCUUGCAACCGAUCCCUCAAUCCUUUCGGUAGUGAGGACGAGGAAGAGCAACCUGAACCGAAGAAAAAGAUUAUACCGAGUGUUUCAGACGGACUCAUAAAAGGGACUCCAGAUCACCUCUCCAGGGUACAUGUGGAGAGGAUAAGCAUAAAUCCCUUCGAUGAAGAUCCCAGCGAGAAACCUUCCAAGCCUUUGGUAAGUCCGAGAAUGAGGAAGAAGAAGGUAAUUCCCAACGCAGCCGAUCGAGAUAUACAAGGGACUCCUGAUCACUUGGCAGGUGUACUUAUAGAGAGGGUUAGUGUGAAUCCAUUCGAGUCUCCUAAACCAGUAGCCAGAAAGAAAAAACUUAUUUCACCCGCAAAAGGGAGCCUCAACCCGUUUUCCAGUGAUGAUGAAGACCAAGAAGAGGAGGCUGUUAAACAACCUGUACCAAAACCAAGAGUAUCAAGGACGUCAGUUCAACCGGCAGAGCCGAAGCCUAGGGAGACCGGUCAGUUGUCCUUGAACACGAAGAUCAAUUUUGGGUCGAACUCCUCGAUUUCGAGUGGUAGUGCGUACGGUAGUGCGAGGAAGAAGAAGCCCGCUCCCAGGCCGCCGAUUCCGACGAAAUUCGAUGAAUCCGCCAACAGUUCCUUGACUUCGAGUCCAAAUCACAGUUUGCAAUAUUCACCCCAUUCGGGAGUGAGACACAAAAAAAACAAGAAAGCUCCUGCUCCUCCUGUUCCGAAAUUUGCUUCGACGCCAGUUUCUGCUCAGAAAAUGAAGGACUCUCCUAUCACGUUCCCAUCUCCAAUCAAGAUGGAAAUAACGGAAGAUGCUGAAAUUCGCAAAAAGAUCACUGACGACAAUAUUGAAUCAGAAAUCGGGACACACGACGAAAAGGACGUCAAGGAUGAAAUGAACAGAAAUAGGCGAAGUCAAGAUCUUUCAACACAAAAAUCCUCCUCAGAUGAACAUUUACCAAGUCUUUCCAUCCCGAACAAAAGCACGUACGGCAAGUGGAAAAGAAGAAAAGGACAAGCCCCAUCCAAGCCCAUACCCCAAAAAAGGACCAUCAAAUGCUUACCGAUGGCUGAAAUCCGUCGAGAGCUGGAAUUCAUUGAAAUCCAGCAGCAGGGGUUGGAAAAGCAGGGUGUCCGUUUGGAACAGAUUAUUCGAGAAAAGUGUGAGGGCACAGAAGCAAACACCCCUUCCAAUCCAGAAGAUGAUAUUCCUAUUGAUGUUGAAGAUUUGAUACUGCAACUCUUUGAACUAGUGAAUGAGAAGAACGAACUAUUUAGAAAGCAAACUGAACUCAUGUACUUAAGAAGGCAACAACGACUUGAAGAGGAACAUGCAGAUGUGGAGUAUCAAAUAAGGUGUCUGAUGCUACAACCGGAAGCAAAUAAGACAGAUUCCGAUAAAACUAGGGAGGAGGAGCUGAUAAAAAGGUUGAUCGAUAUCGUGGAAAGGAGAAAUGAAAUAGUUGAAUGUCUGGAAAUGGAUCGGGUUAGAGAAGCAGAGGAAGACGACAGUAUAAGUAGCCACAUCAACAUGUACGCCCUGAAUCGGGAUGUGGAUAAAUCGAUUUCCGAAAAUCCUAAGAAGGAGAAAGAUAAGGACAAGAAGAAACAUAAAAAAGAGAAGAAAUCAAAACACAAGUCCAAGGAUAACGUUGACAUGGACAAAGACGUUGAUGAAAGCGAGACUUACAAUACUUUGGAGAAGAAGAAAAAGAAAAAAUUCGCUCUUUUUUAAGGAAUCCGAAUUCGUUGCCAUUACUUUAAGAUAUUUGAAACAAGUUUCUGGAGCUGUGCUUUAUUUUUGUUUUUAUCAUUGAGUCAAUAUAUUUUUUGUACUUUCGUUACUUAUAUGUUGUGAUUUUUAUAGUAUUAAAGAUUCAACUUUUGAA